AUGGAGAACAAGGCUACUCCGGCGUCUACCAGGAGUCGACGGAGGGCUGCUACACCGUCUGAGGAGUCUGAAGAAGAGGAAGAAGAAGUCGUCAAAAAAACGCCCAGCAAACCCAACCCGCGGUCUGCACCGGGCCCUGUCUCGACAUCAACCUCGACCCGUGCAACCCCAGCUCACCACCACACCCAAGACCCACCAUCCACCCCAAUCUCCGAACCCCCGCCCCUCCUCUCCCCCCGAAAACGCACCGCCUCAAAAACUCUCAAAGUCAGCGAAGAAAGUGUCUCGUUCAUCCAGCACCACAUCCUUUCAAAACUCACCGGUCGCGCACCCAUCCCUCUCGUUGGCCUCGACACCGAGUCUAACAAAGUAAACCAUCUGAUCGAACAAACCAUUCUCCACGGCGAAUCCAACUCCGCUCUCCUCAUUGGUCCGCACGCAUCCGGAAAAUCCGCGUUAGUCGACCAUGCGUUACAGGGGAUGAGGGAGAAAUACGCCUAUGGUGAGGAGUGGAUGGAGGUUAGGUUGAGUGGGUUGGUACAGACGGAUGAUCGGGUUGCGUUGAGGGAGAUUGCGAGGCAAUUGAGGGUUGAGAUGGAGUUGGAUGACGAUAAUGGGGCGAGCUUAAAUUUUAGUGAUACGCUCACCUCCCUGCUGGCUGUAUUGUCGCAUCCCGAGGAAUUGGGCCUGUUGGACGGCGACGGGGACGGCGACGCAGGAAUGCCCGACGCCAACUUCGAAACCGCAAACGAACGCCCACCCUCAGAAAUACACGCCCCCCAAACCCGAACCUCAACAGCCCUCAUCUUUAUCCUUGAUCACUUCGACCUCUUUGCCCUCCACCCCCGCCAAACCCUCCUCUACAAUCUCUUCGAUAUUGCUCAAGCCCGGAAAGCACCGAUUUGUGUUAUUGGAUUGACUCAAAGACUUGAUGCGGUGGAGGGGUUGGAGAAGAGGGUGAAGAGUCGGUUUAGUCAUCGGGUUGUGCAGGUUAGGUCUGCGCAGGGGAGGGAAGGAUUUUGGGGUGUGUGUAAGAGGGGUUUGGGGGUGGAGGUGGAGAGGGAGAAGGGUGGACAGGGGAGGGAGGUAGUUAAGGUGGGGGGAGUGGAAGUGGGAGAGGAGGUUAUGGAGUAUGCGGAGGAAUGGAAUGAACAUCUUGAGGACUUGUACGCAACGGACAAGGCUUUUAGGAGAUUCGUCCACAGAAUCUUUGCCACGACGAAAGACCCGACGACAUUCUACUCGGCAUGUAUCCCCGCCCUCACAACACUAAGUUCAGCCUCGCUCCUUCCGUCCGCAUCCGACCUUCUUUCGAACACCCUGGAAUCGCCUGAUUCAAAGCUCCAUCUUGUGGAAGGAUUGAGUUUAGUGGAGAUGUGUAUGCUCAUUUCGGCCGCACGCAUAGACGCCCGCGAUGUCGAACUAUGCAAUUUCAAUAUGUGUUAUGAAGAGUACAAGACCCUCGCAUCGAAAAGUGCGAUUGCCGCCUCGGCUGGGGGAGGGGUCGUCAGUUCCGGCGGUGGAGUCCGGCUAUGGAGUCGCGAUGUCGCAAUGGAGGCAUGGGAAAAACUCGCGACGCUCGAUCUAAUCAUUCCGGCUACAACUUCUACAUCUACGACGACAGGAGGGAGCGGGUUGAGCAGGGAGUGUAGGAUGUGGAGGGUUGAGUUUGGGUUGGGGGAGUUGGGUGGGGUUGUGGAGCGCAUGAAGGGCUUGCCAAGUGUUGUGAGGAGGUGGUGUAGGGAUGUUUGA